AUGAAUCUCUGCUGUGUAUGGGGAAGCUUGGAAGAUGACUAUAAUUUGGGUUUAAGGCUCACAGGUAGGGGACGUUUUACUUUCACCGGGACUGGAAUGGCUAUAACUCUCAGUGCGGACUCUCAUUCUAAUGAGAAGUCCUGCAAGGAGACUGUUUUAAAGAGUUACCAGAAACCUGGUUUUGUUUUUUCUUACAUAAAUGUAGCCAAUCUUUUACAGUUUAUACAUAUGCAGUUUCUCACAUCCUCCAUGCUGGGCCUAGAAAAGGACAUGGGUUUCUCUCCAAAGAAGAUUUCAGUUUUCGUUGUUGUUGAGCAGGUAACGCUCCUGGUUUUCGUUCCCGUUUGGGGUAUCAUUUCAGACCUCUUUGAGUUAAAAUAUAUUUUAAUCGUAUCCAUUGCAUCGUCUGGCUUCAUAGUCAUGAUCCUUAGUUUCCUUAGGGAAUUUUUUUCGAUGGUCAUUUUCCGUUUUCUCAAUGGAAUCAUGAUUGGAAGUGCCCUUCCUGUCAGUCAGAAGUAUGUUGUUCUCGCCGAAGAGCCCAAUGCUGGCUACGCCUUCGGCGUUAUGCACGCGGUUUGCAACCUCGGGCGCCUUAUUUGCUCCAUUGUGGUUACUACCUUGUCUACGAACAAGUACUUCGACGUUUACGGGUGGCGAAUUUGCUCUUUCGUCCUCGGAGUUCUUUGUCUCAUUUCCAUACCUCUUCUUUUUCUCAUUCCACAGUUAAAGACUAAGAAUUACCGUUCUCUGAAGGACAUUAUUGACUCUUGUGCAGAUUCGAAAGCAAAGUAUAAGGUUGCUACCAUUUGGAACCGAUUCAUGGCAACAGCCACUGUUCGCACUGUCAUCCUGCUCACGUUACUGACUUUCUUCUCUCAGGGGGUCUACACUUCGGCCACCUUUCUCACAAUUUACCUUCAGUACUGUAAAUUAUCUAAUUUCUGGGCGGGAAUAACAACAGGUGUUGUUAUAAUUGGCAGUGCCACUGGUGGUAUUCUUGGCGGUAUUUUAGCAGACUAUCUACACCGAAGAUUCCCCAAAUAUGGUCGUCUUUCAAUGGGUGUUUUUUGUUGUUCCUUGAGGCUGGUUCUUCUAACUUCUCUUCUCUUUGGAAUAACAUUUGACAACAUUUUGAAACGCUAUGCGAUAUUUGUCAUUGGGCUCCUUUUUCUAGGGAGUACUUUCUCCUCAAUUUCUUUCGUUGAUCGCUCUGUAUUAUUAAAUGUUGUCAUGCCGUCUGAGCAAAGCUUCGGAAUCGCCUCCGUGUUAACUGUGGCCGGUGUCCCCAGUGCCUUUGUUUUCCCCUCUUUGAUGGGCUUCUUUGUGAAGGACGUUUUCGGGUAUCAGGAGACUAUAAUGGAGAUUAAGGAGAUGCCAUAUCACAUGUUAAGAAAGAACGCCUUUGCUCUGAGGGACGGCAUUGCCUGUCUGUGCAUAUUUUCCACAAUUUCGACAAUCAUCUUCUAUUUCACCAUGUUUCCUACAUAUUGUAAGUCUAGUCGUUUAAUUUUUUCUUUAGACAAGGAUUCAAAGGCUGUUCAAGACAAAGUAGAGGCAGAAAUGAAGCUAACUCAGGUUGAAGUAGUGAAGGAACCUGCUUACAAGCGAACUUUAUCACGACUGGAUACAAAUUAA